CUUCUUUCACAAAACAUUUUUUAAAUCUUCAUUAUAAUUAUUAUGCACAUACAGAAGGCUGAGCUUAGUGUAGAGAACAUAUUUAGCCAGAUGGUGGCAGUGUGUUCACGCCUUUAGAAAUAGGCUCAACUUUAGUCAGACCAGACGACUAAAAUAUCUGAACUCAAAUACAGAGACUAAUUUUUAGUGGGUUUACUCAGACUAACGGCUGCAUGUUUGACAAUGUGGCAUGUAAUCCAAUGCUUUGAGAGGCAGAGAUCUCCUCAGGCGGGAUGAGUGGCGCGCUCCUUUUGUUGCACGACAUGCACGUCACUAUUUUCAUUUGUGCGCCUUUUCUAAACUCCUGGCGCGCGCGCAGAGUUUAUACCAACGACUUUCUAACGACUCACUCCUGCCAUGUAGCAAAUUUAAAAAGAAAAUCGAUGUGGAGAAGUAAUUUUAAAAAAUUAUAACGAUGCUGCUGCUGAUGAUAAUCAUAAUAAUAAUAGGUAAAACGCAAAAAUAAUAAUAAUGCAGUUCACAGGCUGCAUUUGAAUCAAGUAAUAUGUGUCAAUUCACGAGGUUUAAAAUAUAAUAAAUAAUUUAUUCCUUUUAAUAAAUUAAUUGUAAGUAAAUUAGCACCUGUCACAUUUCGCGCGGAUGUGUGGUUAAGUACACUCCUCGCGAGGGACGAUGACAUGUUCAACUCUGGAGCUCGCAGCCAAUCAGAGAGCGUCAACAUUUAAAGGGCUAUUAAGAAACAGGCACAACGGCGGAGUGCAAAGCCUACAUCUCAUUUCUCACAUUUCUUUCUACAUGACUUACUUGAAGACAGGACUGGAAUGAUACUUUGACGCAGUAGAUAUCAGGAAAUGUCUGAGUUGGUGGAUGCGCACGUUUAUCUGCUGCACUUGUUGCACUGAGGCGAACAGGCUGCUCAAUAUAACGUUAACGGACUGAGACAAAUUCACCGUUACCGACGAGCUCUUGUGUUUUCAUUUCGCAGAUCUGUAUCUUCAAAAACACUAAAUCGUGCUCACGAUGCCAGUGUUAAUGAGUCCAGAGAUUGCGAAUAGAUUCAAAGAGAGAUGGAUGAUGCUUCAUCCGGAGGAUCAGGACAAUAUCAGCGGCUCUGUUCACUUUGACGACAGUCUCACCAGCCUGCACUGGCUGCAGAACUUCUCCAUCCUCAGUGCAAAUCCUGAGCGGACUCCCAGCUCCGGCUGCCAUCCCCAACACCUCUUCUACCACAAAAACCAGCUGGGAGGCACCGACUCACCCUCCAGCCCACCUGCUGGAGAUACCGCCGCCGCAGGGAUGCCACAAACACCUGGGAAUCCCACAACGUCCUGCAGCAGUUUGGAGAAUUCAUUCGCGCACCAGCAAGCGGGACACUACAUAACGGCGCAAACAAAUGCAUCUGAGGAAUUAGACUAUAAAACAAACCGCCAUGUGAAGCCACCCUAUUCAUAUGCCACUCUGAUUUGCAUGGCAAUGCAAGCUAGCAACAAAACCAAAAUCACUCUGUCAGCCAUAUACAGCUGGAUCACGGAAAAUUUCUGCUACUACAGAUACGCGGAGCCUAGUUGGCAGAAUUCAAUCCGCCAUAACUUGUCCCUGAACAAGUGCUUCAUGAAAGUGCCCAGGCAGAAAGACGAACCAGGAAAAGGAGGCUUUUGGCAAAUCGACCCGCAGUACGCUGACAUGUUUGUCAAUGGCGUUUUCAAACGGCGGCGAAUGCCUGCCACAAACUUCAAUACCCAAAGACAGAGCAAGAUGUUAUCCUCUCCCAGCUCCUCGUACGGCUCUCAGUGCAACCAGACCGGCCAACAAAUGGGAAUCGGCCACUUCCAAGGACACAUCCCAGGAAACAAACGCAAGCAAGUCUUCCCCAAACGAGGCAGCAAGCUGGCCAGAGUCUCCAAGAGCCCUCUGUUAACCACCGACAUCAAAACUUCAGACAUACUGAGAGGAGAUUUUGACCUGGCGUCUGUUUUUGACGAUGUGCUGAGUGGGAAUGACAGCACGUUUGAGGAUUUGGAUAUCAACACAGCACUGAGCUCGUUGGGAUGCGAGAUGGAGCUAUCUUCACAGAACCAGCACGGGCCUGGCUACAGCAAUGAGGACGAACAGGCUUGUGCUUACCUCGAGGCGAACGGCAUGAUGGGAUACAACAAGGAGGACUUUCACCAACAGCACCACCAGCAGGUACAGGUCCACCCGCAAUAUUAUGAGGGAAUGUUCACAGAGCAUGUUCACCAGCAUCAGCACCCUUGGGAGAUUAAAGAGGAAGUCCAAGCCAUCCCACUUACCUUGGAUCAUGCCUAUGGGCUUUGUGAGGGAUUCUUCUCUGAGAUGCAACUCUGGGAAAGAGCAGAGUGAUAUCUGUGAACACGUCUGAAUACAUAUGCACUGUCUUUGCUCGUCUGAAGGCCUAUUGACUUUUGUUUUGCUACAUUAGCAUAAUGAAUUACUGAGGAUGUGAGAGGUUAUAUGUAAUUAUUCUUUGUACUUCUUUUGCAUUUUGCAAGAAACUUUACUGAUUCGUUUAUAAUCCCCCUUGAUCUUUGAAUUCUUUUCUUUUUCUUUUUUAAAAUUUUCUUGAGAUGGGGGACAAGUGUAGUUAUUUGGGAUAGUGACAUUUUGUUCCUUCUAAUAUAUUCAUUUUAGUUGACUUCAUAUUUUAGUUAAUGUCAUGCUUUAUAUAAGGAUAAAAAAUAAAUGUAAAUCACAUAUUUGAGGGGAAAGGGAUGCAACAAGCCAAAGUGCUUCACUAAAUCAUUUCCAGAGACAAAAUAAGCUCACACAAGCACUUUGAAACUCAGUUUGUAGCCUCAUAAUUUAGUUUCUCUCUGUUAUGAUAAUCUAUGAGAGUGCAAAGUGGGUGGCAGUCUUACGAGGCAAUGACUGUUCUAGAAGUGUACUUGUAUUGAUUCUUUGAGAAAUGGACUAAAACAUGCAACGUGAAUCAAAAUAUAUUCUGUACUUGAAUAAAAAGAUCAAUCUGUAUAACUUU